ACAAUAAACGAUGUGAUAACGGGGAUAGUGCAAUACGGAACGAGAUUAUAUAUGCAAGGAGUAAAUCAAGAAUCAUGCAAUGGAAAAUGCACUGCACUCGUUUUAUUCAAUACUAGAGCUCUUGGGGGUUACAAGUCAGUGAAUGAUAUGAUCAAACCUAAUUCUGAUAUGCCUUGGGGAAAUCAUUUCACUUUUUUGCCUGUCUCUUUACCUAAGCUAACUAAUUUGACUAAACGUGAUCACUCCUCUAUUAAUCCUCUUGCCUUUGUUCAAAAAGCUCAUCGAAUGAUCGACAGGAAAAGAAAUUCUGCUUCUGUUUGGCUUACUAGUAAAUUUCUUGAUACCUUGAGAAAGCUAAGAGGUCCUGAGGCAACAGCUCGAUUUAUUCAUGGAUCAUUGAAGAACACAAGCAUGGGACUGACAAAUCUGAUAGGACCAGUGGAAGAGAUGGCUUUGGCUAAUCAUCCUGUAAAAGGACUAUAUUUUAUGGUGACCGGUGUUCCACAGAGUUGUUCAGUGACAAUGGUGAGUUAUGUGGAUAAGCUAAGAAUAGCAAUGGUAGUGGAGAAAGGUUUUAUAGAUCCAAACAAGUUGAAAUCCUGCAUUGACUACGCUUUUGAUAGCAUCUUUAAAGCUGCAGUCAAAUCUUCUCCAGUGGCAACCUAGGAGCAACAUCACAUGCUUGUACACGUUUUUUUUUUCUUCUGCUUUUUCUAUUCAAUUAAAGUGCACAUUCUACUUGUUUACAAGUUGUUCAAUGUAACUACAUAUAUCACCCAACUCGCUUUGAAUAUGGGCGGGUUAUUAUAAAAUGUGUCUUCUUUGCCACCACUAUUUA